GCACCUCAGGUAAAGUUAUUGCCUCUAUAAUAACUGCGGUAGUAAAACGGAGCGCUGCCAAAACAGGAUUGGAUUACAGUGUCACUGAAUAAAUAGAAAGACCGUGAAUAUAAUUGUGUCCAAACCUGUCGGUCUGUGACGGCCUGACAGGAUAAUCAGAGUCCAAAAAUGAAGAUGAAUUAUUUAAAGGUCAGUAAAUCAAAGGCUGCACAAACACACUUGUUUCUAUCGUAUUAUCCUGGACUUUUUGACUGAUUAAGUCUACCUCACCCUCUACCUCACCCUUUUCACUCAUCUAUAUCAGUUCUCUCAUCCAUCCAUCACGUCCUCCUCCUCCCAACUUUCCUCUCUUCACUCCCUCCACCUCCUGCUCUGUCACACCGUCCAAUCCCCUCCUAUCCCAAUCCAGUGCAGCCUCACUGUCUCCCUCCCUCUCCCUUUAUCUCUCCCUCUCUCUUUCUCCCCUUCAUCUCACCUCCAGCCAGCCUAUUCACUCUCCUCCUCCUCUUCCUCCUCCUCCUCCUCUACCUUCUCCUCCUGGAUCACACAGCCCGCCUGCUUCCGUCCACUUUAUCUUUUCCCUCUCUGUCUCUUCGAACCCUCUCAGUCUCUCUCUGCUGUCUCUUGUCUUCUGACUCUUUUUCUUCUUCUGUCUCUCUUCUUUUCUCUCUGUCUGUCCUCCACUCCUCUUCAGCCCCAGGAGCUCGGAGGCUCGAGGCUCUUCAUCGAAUCACUUAGGAUUCAGAAGCACUUGGGACAAAGAUUCUCUCACUGGAGCCAAGAUGGCCAUGUCCAGCAUCCUCCACUCUGAUGACAUUAAGAAAGCAGUAGAUGCAUUCAAAGCUGCCGACUCCUUUGACCACAAGAAGUUCUUUGAGAUGGUGGGCCUGAAGACCAAACCGUUCGAGGAUGUGAAGAAGGUCUUCACGGUGCUGGAUGCCGACAACAGCGGCUUCAUAGAGGAGGAGGAGCUUAAAUUCGUCCUGAAGGGUUUCGCCAAAGACGGCAGAAACCUAACAGACAAAGAAACCAAAGCGUUUUUAAAAGCAGCCGACAAGGAUGGAGACGGGAAGAUUGGAGUUGAAGAAUUCGCAGCCAUGGUAAAGGAAUAAAUGACCACCCACUGUGACCAGUCACACUAGUCCAAGGUUUCCCUCACCCGGACCUGAACCUCACCCACCCCUGGACUCCCAGCCCCGUAGACUGAAGCCGCUCCCUGCUACACACGCUCGAAACAGACCCUAACCCUGCGACACCCUCACCCCCCACACCCCCACAUUACCCUGAAAUCUGCAUUCAUGGCAUUAGUUUUACAUUUUUAUACAAACUGCUCAUGUUUGUGUUUGCAUAGAGAUAAAAAAAAAAGAAAUGCUGGCAAAAAAUAAAGCUAACGUUUUAAAGAAUUAUGUAGUAAAAAAAAGAAAAGAAAAUCAGAGUUAUCUAAAGAAAGUCCUAGUCUGUCUCCUCCCCCGCUGAGUUCAUGUCAGCUCUGCUCCCUAUGACUCCCCCUGACUCCCCAAACAUCACUGUGUUUCCACUCAUCUCUCCCUUCAUCUGUUCAUCUUCCUCUCCUCUAAUACUGAACUAUUGUAAAACUCACCAAAAGAAGAAAAAAAUCAAGCUGUGAAAGAACAAAAUAAAACAGAAAAACAAAGCCUCAAGAU